UAAGCUACGGCUAGCAUCAAUCAUUGCGGAGCAUUCGCCCGGCUGGUUUAAUUACAGACUUUUUACAUAGGAAUGAACUUUAAUCAUGACGAAAACACGAGUUUUCCAUACGAUAUAAGUGAUAUUAGCCUUGCAAACGCUGUUCAGGAACAGUAUGCUCUGCUAUUUGAAGCAUUCUCCAGCUGUUUUCUGUAAUUGGAAGCACUGCUCUAGGCAUUAUGUCGGCGGUGUUUGGUAGGGAGACAAGAAGGGAAAUGUAUGUUUGAAGUCAUACAGAAAGAAGAAUUCAGCAGUCAGACAUAAUGGAUAACAGACGGGAAAAGAAGCUGACAUUUAUCACCAUUGGACUUAUUUUUCUUCUUAGCGGCGUGGAAUAUGCUGUAAUUUUGCCCACAAUAUGGCGUUUCUUGCAGACUCUGGAUGCAGCACCUUACUUUCUGGGAUUGGUCCUGUCAGCAUUCAGUCUGAGUGGCCUACUGUCUGGACCACUGUUUGGCCACUGGUCCGACAGAACCCGAUCAACAAAGAAGAUCAUAUUGUUUGCCAACAUCUUUGAGAUAGUUGGUAAUUUUAUGUACUUGAUGGGAUACUCAAAGUGGCUUCUGCUGUCAAGCAGACUGGUAGCAGGCAUCGGUGCAGGCGUUAGCUCGUCCAUCUUUGGCUUCUUAACCAGAAGCACGGCCCCAGAGGACCGUGCCACUGUAUUUGCUGCUUUCAUGGCAUGUCGGCAGGCUGGACUUGUGAUUGGUCCAGCAUUUAACAUCUUUCUGAGGUUGUGUGAUUUCCACCUGGGUCCUUUUGUAAUCAAUAAAUACACUGCGCCCGGGCUGUUUAUGUGUCUGCUGUGGAUUCUCCUUCAAUUCGUGGUUGUUUUCCUGACUGUGGACCUACCACCCGUUGAGAAGAGGAAAGCCAGGGAUAGUAUGACGCGAAAGAACCAAGAGGAAGAGAAUGAGAAAAGCCUCGUGGAAGACGAAGAAGAGAGCGAUGAAGAGGGAAAGCCCCUAAUAGUGUCUCAGGAGCUGAUGGGGUCCUACGGCUCUGUCGUGGCUUCCAGUCCACCCAGGAACACUACGCUGAAUCCGAAUCCUUCACCUGACUCUCCUGUUUCACCAGCAGAGUCUUCGGGUGUCUUUAAGAAUUUCAGCAUAUCUCGAGAGUUCCUGAGAGAAGAGGUGAUUGUGCUGCUGGCUGCCCAGUUUGUCACCUUUUUCAAUCAGACAGCGCUGGAGACCAUGGUGACUCCUCUGACGCAGAAAUAUUUCAACUUUGGGGAGCUGGAGAACAGCGUGAUGUACUUUCUUGGUGGUGUAGUGGUGAUCGCCGGCUUCCUGUUUGUGCGCUGGCUGAGCCGCCAUGUGACAGAACGGGUGAUCCUUGCCAUUGGUCUGUGCAUGUGCAACAUCUCCUGUGUCUGGUGCCUCAUCUUCUUGGCUAAGCCUCUAGGUGGCUUUGCAUGGCAGCUGACAGAGUUCAUCAUUGGGGUAUUUCUGCAGAUUUUGGGUUUGCCGUUUGUGUCUGUUGCGCAGGUUUCUCUGUUUUCCAAAAUUACAGCUGAGAAAACACAAGGUUUCAGUCAGGGAAUACGUCGUUCAGUGGGGGGUCUAGCCACCAUUCUGGGCCCACUGUGGGCUGGAGGCCUUACCGAGAACAUGUAUGUCAUGAUGGGGAUGAUGACGGUACUGCUGGUCCUGCUAACGAUGAUGCUGGUCUACUCAUACAGCCGACUGGUGGAACCUGCUGCACAGGGGCAAAUGGACAAUUCGGAAAACUUUAAUUAGCAAGUGGCUGUUAGAGGAAAAGUGGUUGAAGGAGAACAGUGGGAGCUUCGCGAUCUGUACUUUCUGUCCCUCAUCAGUCUCACUUUCUGCAUCAAGACCAUCAUGUAGAGUAGUAUCACGCACCAGAAGCACAAAGCUCAUUCUGUAAGGGUUGGAUUUGUCUGUGCAGAGGCUGAUCUGAUGCUGUUUAGUUCACUAUAUUUCCUAUGGAAAUAAACAGAGUUCUGCUGUUCAUGCAAGAGUUGGAUAAAGAGGUUUGUACCAACAUCCUACCUGUGCUUCAGCGCAUAAAACAUCAUGCUAACUGUUAAUUUGAUGAAUAUUCCAAAUAUUUUACAUUUGCAUCAGAGGACCAUAUAUGAAUAUAUAUUAAGCACUGACAUGAUUUGCAUUAUUCAAGGUGUUUAAAGUUUUGUGACCAUUGUGGGAUUAAUUUGCUGACUCCCUGAAUUUUUUUGAGGGUAUUGAAAUCCAAGGAAUUAGGAAUUACAGCUUCUUAAGCUUUUGCCCCCUUUUAGUUUUUUCCAGGGAACUAAAGGUAAUUUGCUCAAUGGACCUUUUUCAUGGACAGGUGUAAACUAUUCUUUCAUUAUUUUUUGCAUUAGUUAAACAGUUAAAAGCUCCUAAGUUGAUUUCAAAUGCAGCAUUUGGAUUUUGAAUGAUGCGUGUGAACUUGGAAUCAACAGAGAUGAAUGUUGGAUAGGUGGCAAAAACAACUCUAUUGCAGAUAUAACAGCAACAUUAGGAUUUGCGAAAUCAACAGUAUGAUGCAUAUAUGAAAAUAAAGAUACUGGUGAGCCACAGAAGACAUUAGCAGUAGAACAGCGCACAAGCUUUUCCGUGUCACUGUCAUUGACUGGCUAGUCUGUAUCUGGAAGACUUCACAAGGGUAGACUUUAUCGGCUUCAAGAAUAGAAAGGCCAAAAUCUAAAAUGAUGAUUUUUAUUUUAAUUAUGAUUACAAUAAUUUUUACAAUUACAUGGUGCCUCUGAAGACAGGGGACUGUAAAUGAACAUCGCUGUAAUUACUCAAAGACAUAAAAGCUUUAAAGACUUCAAUUUCAUCUCAAAUCUGUUGUAAAAAAUUAUAACUGAAAAAAUAUCACUGUCUAAAUAUUUCCUACUGAAACUGAAUGAUAGCUUGACCUAUUGACCUUCUGUUGUGAUAGAAAAUAUUAAUAUGUUAUUAAUGCCAAAACAGUACAGUACAUAGCAUUUUAAAGGCAGGUCUUUUUGUCUGAAAUAGCAGAGUGAUUUAGAACUUAAUUUUUUUUUCUUUAUUAUUUCUAGGCUUUCUUAAAAUUUACAAUCAUUUAAUUACAGUUGAUCAAAUGAAAUAUUCAACUUUCCAUUGAUGACACUGUUUUACAUUCUUCCCAUAUUGCAUUUAUUAAUUUAACAAGCACUUAUAUAUGUUUUUUAAAUCUCACAGUCAGUGUGACAAUAAUUAAACACUAAAGGAAUCAGAAAUACUUAUAACAACUAAUACAAAGAAUCAUUUUUUCUUUGGAAAGCACUACGAAGUACACAUUGCUAAUAUCAUGAUGCUGAUUUCAUAUAUAUUUUCAACACUGGUGGGCGCUCUUAGUCUUUGUUCUGAAAUAUUUCAUUCUUAUUACUGCAUGACUGGUAUGUGAUCACAAGGAGUUGAGUCCACUGUUUUGUUUUUUUAAUGAACAUCAGCACUGUUAGAGUUGCUUUAGGUACAAGGCGGUGCUAAAACAGGCACUACACUUUUUGCAGGCAUUUAUGUUUUUUGUCUCGUAAUAAUUUCUUCACAUUUUACACCAAAGUGAUAUUAUAAACCAAGUCUUCUUUAUUUCAUAUUUAUUUUUCAUUAUUUAUUUAUUUUGUUUUGUUGCCUCGCAAAAUGUACAUGACCUUCUUUGUAUCCUUGUCUUUAAAUAAAAAAGAUGAACUUCA